AUGAAAUGGCUGAUGAGGCGCUACCUCGUCAUGAUAUGCUUCUCUAGUGACUCUGUCAAGAUCGUGCCUAGGCGAGGUACCCGUGGGAGGAUGGAGUGUUAUGGUUCAAGUCCCACAGCCAGCCAUACUUCCAGCAUAAAGACUUACGCAUCCCCGCAAGAAAACAUCGCAGAUGGUUCAUAUCAUGCUACAAUCCAAGUGAAACGUUACAUACCAAGAAUCGUCGUCAGUCUCCAGUACAUUGCCAACAAUGCCGCGGGGUUCAUAGUAUGGAGCCCAUCUAUCUGGACCAUUUCCUUCACCAACGAACCGCGCUCUGGAAGACUGGUCAGGAAAUCUUGCCCUCCGUCCAAGGUGACAGAAAGACAUGGAUCACUGAGGCAGACAGUAGCAGCAGCUAGAAGCACCGUCUUAUCCAGUCUGACAUGGCGGGAGAUAGACAAUCACUCGCCCUUCGUCAUCGCCAACCAUCUCCUAGGGCCAGUGUUCCCCGAUACAACUCCCCGGCGGGCACUUACCAAACAGUACAUGAGGUUGAUAACUUCUGAACGGUGUCAUCCCAUCACCUACCAUAACCUCUCCCCACUCAAUCGCGCGCGUGUCAACGGGAUGAAACCUCGACGUCCCUCCCGCGUGCGGUUUCCCGCUUCUGACUCGGAUCCCCCCCUCUCAAAAAACCCAAUCUUGUCCAUAUCAAACAUCGAACUCGUACUUGACACAACCGACGGGCUGGAGAUCAUGCGGCGCCCACCGCGGAACCCCGCCGUCAAGGGCGUUGAUAUGUGUCUUACCCUGAACACAAUUGCGUAA